GUAAACAUGAAGGCUGGAAGUUUUACGUGAAUGUUGUUGUGACGCCACCGGAAUUUGUUGGGUCGUCCGGAAAACGUUUAUUUAGUUAAUAGUGAUUACAUCCGGUUUGAACAUUAAGACAUUUUUUCUCGUGCACCGAGGACAGACUCGGGGAGUCAUUUUCCCAACACAGCGUCUGGGACGCUUUCCAUCGAUCUUGCGGUGUAAAGGGGCAGCGAUAUAUGUUCAUUCUAUUUAUUUUUAUGCUAUUUGAAUUAUAUAUUUUCUAAAGUAAAUGUGAAAUUCUGAAUUUAUUAAGUCAACUAUUCUGAUAUAUGUGUGAGCAGAAUUUGUUUAUAUGUAUUUCAGUUUGUUACCGUAAUUACUGCUACAUGAAUAAAGAGGUAAAACUGCUGGGCGUUUUUUAUUGACAAAACAGAGAGCUGUGGCAGAACGGUAACAAAAUCGUGAGUAUUCUACCUCAACCACCCAUCGAGGAUCGACAACGGACCUAUCCUGGGGAUAAUACGUUCUUCCGCGGAUGUCGGAUACCUGUGAAGCUGGGCUUACCACCUAAUCCUCUCCUUACCUGUACCAUCACCUUGUAUUCCGUGAUACUUCCUGUGUUCCUUGGACAGUGACAUGUUUGUUUAUAUAUGGUAUGUGCAAAUCUACCGUGAGCUAGUUGUGACAUAUUGCUGACAUCGGUGAUUAAAUAUGACAACUGGAGGAAAACCGGCGGAUGUCAACGCUGAGGAAAGUGAGGAUGUACACAAACAGACAGAGGAAUCUGAGGAUAAACGUCGACUGAAGACCAUGACAGAAAAAGGCUUGAUUCAAUUUUCUACCUUUUUGAAAAAUUAUAAAUCUCAGGAAGAAAAUGCUUGGAUAAAGAUUGAAGAAAUCAUAGUUGACAUAGAUGAAAUUAUUACACAAAAUAACUAUAAAGAAUUGUGUAAGAUAAAAGCAGAGCUUCGACAUCUUAAGCUUACUUAUUGUGAUUGUGCAAAUGACUUCCUCUCAUUUCUCAAAAGAACAAAUACAGCAGAGAGUAACGAAGAAUACUCGAUCCAAGAACCAAGGUACCGUAAAAGAGAAGACAUCAUAGAUCAACUGAUGAACCGCAUUGAGGACGCUCUACUGGAUGCAGCAGACACUAUUUCACGUGCAAGUGGUUCCAAUAGACCUCGAUCCAGAAGCUCUCUCAGCGAUGCAUCUAAGUCUCAACGAAUUCAACUAAAACAUAAAGCUGAAACAGAAAAAACUAAACUAGCAUUCAUCAGAAAACAAGUCAACCUUCAAACCGAAAAAUCUAAAAUCGAAGGACAAAUCCAAAUCCUUGAACAGACACAGUCGGCCGCCAUUGCAGAUGCAGAAGCUAGAGUAUUUGAGGAAGCUGAGAGUGAAAACAAUAGUGUCCGAAAUUCUUUCUUGGAUGAGUUACCUAGUGACCGACAUAAGCGUGUCACAGAUUAUGUGGACAGUGUUUCUCAAGACCGUGGAUUAAGUUUAGACACUCAUGUGAAUCCUAGAAUUGCGCAAACUAUUCCUAAAGACUACUACUACAAUGAUGUUUCUUCAGUUCCUCAUAGAAAUGAACAUUUCAGAAGUGAACUACAGCCACAAGAGAACUCUAUGGAAUCAGUGUCAAGAUUCCUACUCAGGAAAAAAGUUUUAUUAUCCAGAUUUAAAAAAUUUAACGAUGAGCCAGAAGCUUACAAUGCAUGGAAACUGAACUUUACAUCUAUUGUGAGUGACUUACAAAUUUCUGCAUUUGAGGAGCUACAACUACUUGUAAGAUGGCUGGGACCAGAAUCCUCCAGACAUGCAGCAGAUAUUCAACAAGCCAACGCGGAGAAUCCUUAUGAAGGACUGCGUCAAAUAUGGACCAGAUUAGACAAGCGAUACGGAGCAAUCGAACUCAUUGAUAACUCGCUGAAAUUGAAGAUAGCUGUUUUCCCAUCACUUUCUGUGAAAGAUCCCAAAGAACUUUAUAGACUAUCGGACCUCUUGACUCAAGUUGACGGUGUGAAAAAGAAUCCUAGAUACUCAGCAGCCUUAUCUUACUAUGAUACCUCUCUCGGAAUAGUACCAAUCGUAAACAAACUACCCUAUCAGUGGAGAGAGAAAUGGAUAAACAAAGCUUCAGAAUACAAGAAUCGGUAUAAUGUUCCUUACCCACCAUUCACUUUCUUUGUGAAAUUCAUGCAAGACUUAUGUCGUGUGAGAAAUGACCCUGGAUUUCAGUUUAGUGAACCAAUGAAGAAGGAGAUUAAACCGAAACCUUCAAGUCAAGUUCGUUCAAGAAAAACCGAAAUCAAACCUAGCAAAUUAACAGGACAAAAGAAAGUAUGUUUUCUGGAACACAGAGAUGAAUCAAAUCACACUAUCAAAGACUGUCGUAAAUUCCGUGCACUUCCUAUCAACAAUAGAAAAAAGCUCCUCAAAGAAAACGGAAUAUGUUUCAGAUGUUGUGACUCUAAGGACCACUUAGCAAGAGACUGUACUGUGGCUUUGAAGUGUGACUCGUGUCAGAGUGAUAGUCAUUGUGGGGCAUUACACGUGAAUAAUUCUCAAGGCGGGGAGGAUAAGGAGAAUUCAUACAAUAUUGAAAGUACAAGAUCUAAGGAGUACUAUUCAUCAGGAUCUCUCACAACUAGAUGCACUCAAGUCUGUUCAGUGCCAUUCAGUGGAAAAUCCUGUGCGAAAAUCAUUCUGGUGGAUGUUUUUCCAUUUGGACGUGAGGAUCUCAAGAAAAGAACAUGUGAUUCUUGAUGACCAGAGCAGUAGAACUAUUGCAAGGUCAUCCUUUUUCGACAAGUUUGGAAUUCAGGGAAAAGACAUUUCCUAUAUCUUGUCAUCAUGCAAUGGAUCAAGCAUGGUCUCCGGGAGACAAGCCUUCAACUUCAUAGUAUCAUCAGUUAAUGGUGAUGAGCAGAUACACUUACCAUCCAUUAUAGAGUGUGAUGGUAUCCCAAUCUCCUAUGAGGAGAUCCCAACGGCAGCUGUAGUGAAAUCAUACAAACACUUGUCAGACUUGGAAUCUGAAAUCCCACCAAUAGAUAGCAACGCUGAAGUUCUUCUGAUUGGACGGGAUGUUCCUUAUGCUCAUCAUGUACUGGAACAAAGGAUUGAUAAACCAAACCUUCCAUUUGCGCAAAAACUUCCCUUGGGCUGAGCCGUGAUAGGGGAAUGUUGCUUAGGCAAAGUACAUAGACCUCAACAAGUGAUAGUGAACAAGACUCGGAUCUUACCCUCUGGACGAGGAACUCACUUCAUACCAUGUUCAUCUCAUUUGAACAUUUCUACACCUCAAAAACUUUCUGAUUCUCACCUGUCAUGUGAAACUGGAAUACAAUUUUCUCCGAUCUUUGAACGAACUAAAGAUGACGAUAUUCCGGGAUUGUCCAUCGAAGACCGAGAAUUUUUAGAAAUUAUGGAGAAAAUGUGUCACAAGGACAGCACUGGACAUUGGUCAGCUCCACUCCCACUGAAGUCAAAUAGAACUAAGCUUCCCAACAACAGAGCACAAGUACUAAAGAGAACCUUUUCACUGCUUGCGUCGUUUAAACGUGAUCCUGUGAAGAAGGACUUGGCCAUAAAAUUUAUGGAAAACCUGUUUAAUCAUGGAUUUGCUGAGGAAGCCCCCGAAGUUCCAGAGGGAGAAGAGUGUUGGUACCUUCCUAUCUUUCCGGUAUUCAAUCCAAAGAAACCAAACAAAAUCCGUAUGGUUUUCGACUCGUCCAUUACUUACCAAUGACAAUCACUGAAUUCCUCAUUACUUCAGGGACCUGAUCUUACCAACAAUCUACUAGGUGUCCUUUUACGUUUCCGCAAGGAACGUGUAGCAAUCACAGGGGAUAUAGAACAGAUGUUCCAUAUGUUUCGCUUAGACGAAGAACAUCGAAACUUUGUCCGCUUUAUUUGGUUUGGAAAUAACGACCCAACAAAGCCUUUAAGAAACUACAGAAUGUGUGUGCACCUCUUUGGAAAUUCCCCUUCACCAUCAGUCGCAGCAUAUUGUCUUCAUAGAUGUGUAGAAGAACCAUCUGACAGUGAAGUGAAAUAUUAUGUGACUAGAAACUUUUAUGUCGAUGAUGGACUGUCAUCCUAUAGCCCUAGACGUCUUGCUGCAAACACAAAAAAUACUCAUGGAGAGAGGUAAAAUCAGAUUCCAUAAGUUUGCCUCCAAUAGUCAGAUCGUCGUGGAUGCUUUGUCACCUGGGGACAGGGCUGGAGAUCUUAGUGACGUACAAUUAGAUAUAAAUACUAUACCAUCACAGAGUAGUCUGGGCUUGAAGUGGAACAUAUCGUCAGAUACUUUUACCUUCUCUACGGAUCUCAAAGAUGUACCAGAAACAAAACGAGGCGUUUUAUCUUAUUUGCAUAGUCUGUAUGAUCCAAUAGGUUUUCUAUCACCAGUCAUUCUAUCAGGAAGAUUCAUUUUCCGUGACAUAACACAGUUGGAACUCGGAUGGGACGAGCUGCUACCCAAGGACAUCAUCUUGCGCUGGCGGUCAUGGCAAAGUUCUCUCCAUCACUUGUCUGAAGUAGAAAUACCUCGACGUUAUGUUCCAACAUCCAUUAAAAAUGCAGAAAGGAUUGAGCUCCAUACCUUUGCAGAUGCUUCUGAAAAGGCCAUAUCAGCUGUCACAUACAUCAAAAUUACAAGAAAUGGAAAAAAUCAUGUAGGAUUCAUUACAGGGAAAUCGAAAUUAGCAUCUCACCAUGGACAUACAAUUCCAAGGCUAGAACUUUGUGCAGCACUUCUUGCUACAGAAAUUACUACCUUUGUUGAACGUCAGUUUGAUACACAGAUUGAUGAUAUUCGAUUCUAUACUGACAGCCGAGUUGUUUUAGGGUACCUACAUAACAAGACUAGGCGAUUUCACACAUACGUCUCUAACAGGGUUCAUCGCAUACUCAACAAUUCAUCUCCUGAACAGUGGACUUUUGUCGCAUCAGACCAGAAUCCAACUGAUAUUGGAACGCGCUCUAUGCCAGUGAACGAAUGAGUAAAAUCUUCAUGGUUAUCUGGACCAAUUAUUUUGAAUGACGACUCGUGUGACCAUUCAUCAGAAUUCCCAUUACUGGAUCCAAAAAAUGACUCUAAAAUCAAAAACACUGUGAUUGUUGUUAAAACAAAUGUGUCUUGUGGUUUGAACACAAAUUUUUUCCUAAGAUUUUCAUCCUGGGAGUCUUUGAUUCGUGGACUGUCAUUCAUUCGCAGAUCAAUUCACAGGAAACUCAACCUUGAAGAUAUAAGUCCUACAAAACUGCACAAAGAUAUGGAAAUGAUAGUUAUCAAAAGUGCGCAGUAUGAAGUUUAUAGACAAGACAUUGAGAGACUUCAAGAUCACAAAUCAGUUGUCAAAGGUAGUCCCCUACGAAACCUAGACCCGUAUCUGGACGAUGGGGGAUUACUUCGUGUAGGAGGCAGAAUCCUUACGGGAGAUCUAAUGGCCGGAUCAAAUGGACCGAUUAUCAUUCCCAAAAAGUCACAUGUGGCGAGUCUACUUGUAAAGUAUUACCACCAAAAAUGUCGACAUCAGGGACGUCACAUUACAGAGGGCGGAGUGAGGUCAGCAGGUUAUUGGAUCAUGGGCGCCAAGAGACUUGUAUCAUCAGUACUAAACUCUUGUAUUACCUGUAGAAAACUACGCCGGAAGCCGGAAAUACAAAAAAUGGGAAACUUACCCGAUUUUCGAUGUAAACCAUCACCACCUUUCACCUACGUAGGAGUUGAUACCUUUGGACCCUGGGAAGUAUCAGCUAGGAAAACAAGAGGAGGAGUAGCAAAUUCCAAGAGAUGGGCAAUCUUAUUUACUUGUUUGGCUAGUAGAGCAGUGCAUAUAGAACUGGUGGACGAGAUGACUUCUAGUGCCUUCAUUAACUCCCUUAGACGUUUUGUAGCGAUUCGUGGCAAAGUUACCGAAUUUCAUUCAGACCGAGGAACUAACUUUGUGGGGAGUACAGAUGCACUUAACAUCAAUACUAUCAACGUAGAAUCUCAACCAGUAAGGAAAUUCAUGGUGGAAAAUGGAUCUACUUGGAUAUUUAACCCACCUUACGCAUCUCAUGUGGGAGGGAUAUGGGAGAGAAUCAUUGGAACAGCUCGCAGAAUUCUUAAUGCCAUCAUCAUGGAGUCUAAGAAGCUUCUUACACAUGAUGUUCUCAACACUUUUAUGUAUGAGACAUGUGCUAUUAUCAACAGUCGUCCAUUGGCUAAUGUAUCCAUUGAUCCAACAGAACCUUCAGUUCUAUCUCCUUCAGUGCUACUUACACAAAAGACAGAAGUCGAUUAUGGACCUUUUGAAGCAGUUGAUCUGAAAGACAUGUAUAGAACAUCAUGGAAACACACUCAAGUCCUUGCCAACCAGUUUUGGAAACGAUGACAACUGGAAUACUUGUUCAGUCUGCAAUCAAGGCGAAAGUGGACUAUUUCAAGGGAGGACAUCAAGGUCAACGACGUAGUGUUACUGAAGGAUACUAACACUGUCAGAUACGAAUGGCCAAUGGCAAUUGUUCUUCGAACCUUCCCUAGCAACGAUGGACAUGUACGUAAAGUAGAACUCCGACUUGUUAGGAACGGUAACUGUGUUACGUGUGUUAGACCCAUUACAGAGGUUGUUCACCUGUUUACACCUUCAUCAUAGUGACAUCAUAAGAUGUCAGGCGGGGAGUGUGACGCCACCGGAAUUCGUUGGGUCGUCCGGAAAACGUUUAUUUAGUUAAUAGUGAUUACAUCCGGUUUGAACAUUAAGACAUUUUUUCUCGUGCACCGAGGACAGACUCGGGGAGUCAUUUUCCCAACACAGCGUCUGGGACGCUUUCCAUCGAUCUUGCGGUGUAAAGGGGCAGCAAUGUAUGUUCAUUCUAUUUAUUUUUAUGCUAUUUGAAUUAAAAAUUUUCUAAAGUAAAUGUGAAAUUCUGAAUUUAUUAAGUCAACUAUUCUGAUAUAUGUGUGAGCAGAAUUUGUUUAUAUGUAUUUCAGUUUGUUACUGUAAUUACUGCUACAUGAAUAAAGAGGUAAAACUACUGGGCGUUUUUUACUGACAAAACAGAGAGCUGUGGCAGAACAGUUGUACAUUCAUUAUGUACAACAUUUGUAAGUGUUGAUAAUUCCUAAUAUUAUGUGUUGAUAUUAUAUCAUAGAUACAUCAGGGAAAUUGACAUCACAUGUUUGUGUGUGUAAAUAGUCAUCCAAAAUGAUAUGUUUUCCGAUUGCCUUUUCUUAUGAUAUUUUUAACCCUGAUUGUGAUUUUGUGUACUUUGUACAAAUAAACCAAAGGAAUUAUGUGAUGUUGGUAGCAGAGACCAUUUGUUAGGGUGUACUUUGGCUGUUUAUAUGCAUACAUGUAUGAGAAACAUGUGGAUUAGAGCAUAGACGGAUCCAGGAAUUUGUAAGGGGGGGGGGGUCUACAAGGGUUGGAAUUUGUAGUAGACAAGAUUGAGAUUUGUCCUGGGCCCUGUAAAUCUAUAGUGAGGUGCUCUAUAUACUUAGCCAUGUACUACUUGCUUCCACGGUUCUUGUCGAUCUAAUUGCCAUACUCGUAACUGACUGCAAUUAAUAAGCGUCCACCUUAGACUUUCCAUUCAGUGAUAUCUUAUGUGAAUAUCUUCUUGUUCUACAAAGGGGGUCUUCUUGCUCUGGAAAGGGGGGGGGGGGGGGGGGGUCCUAGACCCCCUGAAUCCCUUGUUGAGGAUAUUAUUAAUGGCUGAAAACAAUUAAUUGUUCCAUAUUUCAGGUUAAAAAAUUUGCUGUACAGAAGUUGGUCAUUUAACAUCAAAAGAAUAUCUGGUGAUAAAAUGGGAAGACAUUCUUUAAUAAGUAAGAGAAAGAAGAGGCAAGAAAACAGAAGAAGAAACAGAAUGCAAAAGGCAAGGCUCCGGCAGUUAAAUGAGAGUUCAGAGGCAUUUAAAGAUUUCAAUCAAGAAAACAUAGAGAAAGUUGAACAAGAGGAGGAAACUUUAUUAGGGAAAGUGGAGGAGGCAGAAAGGGAAGUAAAUGUGCAGUGUAGGGAGGAUGGCAUAUUUAUAGAUGACACCUGUGUAGAGAAAAGAAACACCUACAAGACAGCAAAGGAGUUAUUUGGGAAUGGAGACAGGGAAACAGUUAAAUUGUGCAAGAUGUUGGAUGAUGAAAGAGACAAAAGGGAGAAGCUCUUAAAAUUUACCAACUAUUGAAUUCAUUUAGUUAAGAGUAGAAAAAAAAAUGCAAAUUUUGUUUAAAAUUUUGACUAUAUUAUUUUCAAUGUUUUUACAUUAGGUACAUGUAUGAGUGAACAUAUCAAAAUUCUUGAGUUCUUAGCACUAUCCUUUCACUUUGCUUUUCGUAAUUUAUUUUUAGUUUUUUGUUAAGAGAAACAAAACAAAAACAAAAAUUGGCUGUGUUGAUACAUGUACUCCAGUUAUUAGUAUUGUUUUGGGUUGGGUUUUUUUAUUAAUUUUUUUUUCCUAUUGAAAUCAUAUUUUAUUUUUUUGGAAAAGUUUAUUUUGAUAAGCAAUUAAACAUGUUGGGGAAACAAAAACUCUCAUUUUCCCAUCAAGCUCAGCGGAAAAAAAUGUCGAGAAAAGAAUCUCCAGGAUGUAAACAAUCAUUUACUUCUAGAUAUUUCCAAUAGCACAGAGAAAGAAACUUCUGUAAUAAUCAAUGGAUUUGUUCCAAAUCUAGAUCUGUCUUUGAAAAUAUUGAAUUUUCAUCUCAUGAGGUCAUUGAGGAAUUAUCUGAUAGUUCAUCAGAUGAAAAUGUAUCUUCUCAUAGAUUACAUGAUGUUUUUCAAUCCUAUUUACGAAAAAAAAAUUAUGAAAAAAAUUGUGACACAGACUCUGAAAGUGAAGAUGAGGUUUGGAAUAGCACAAGUUUAGAGGAUAUAGAUUUAGACCUUCAGAUGGAGGAGCUUUGUGGAGAAAAUGGAAUUAAUGAUGGAACUGUUCCAAACCCAAACAUGAAUCUUGGGACACUUUUGAUGUGGUUAUGUAUAUUUAUAUGUACUUGGCAAUCCAUUUUCAUGCUGCCAGACUCUGUUAUAAACAGCCUUCUCUCAUUUUUGCAUACAUUUUUUUGUCAAAUAGGAAGAGAAUCUAUAGCAUUUUCAAGUUUAGCCGCCAUCUUUCCAGGUUCAGUUUAUUUGUUGUGGAAAAAAGUAGGCUUGAAAAGAGACAAUUUCACAAAGUAUGUUGUGUGCAGAAAAUGCUUUUCGAUUUACAAGUAUAGUGAAUGUUUAUUGACUUUAGAGGGUCAAAUUGUUUCAACAAAAUGUCCUUUUGUGGAAUAUCCUAACCAUUCACAACCAGCAAGGCGAAAACCAUGUGGGGAGCUAUUGUUGAAAUCUGUAACACUUUUAGAUGGUACAAGAAAACUUUAUCCUUUUAAAUCAUAUUGUUAUAAACCUAUUCGUGAAUCUUUGCAAGAUUUGAUUAAGAGGCCAAGGUUUGAAGACCUCUGUGACCAUUGGCGAUCAAGGAAAAAGUCACCCGGGUUUCUAACAGAUAUUUAUGAUGGGAAUGUCUGGAAAGAGUUUCAAAGUACAGAAAAAAAUAAUUUUUUAUGCCAUCGAAAUAAUUAUGGUUUAAUGUUGAAUUUAGAUUGGUUUCAGCCGUUUAAGCACGUUAAAUAUUCUGUUGGUGUAUUGUAUGCAGUUAUUUUGAAUUUGCCUAGAAGUGAACGGUUUAGAUUGAAGAAUGUAUUGCUAAUAGGUGUGUAAAUAGUUUCAUAACACCUCUUGUUAAUGAACUUAAAGUAGCAUGGUCGCAGGGAUUUCAGUUGGCUUCAUAUAAGAGUCCUUAUGUAAAAAAGAAUUUUAAAGUUGCGCUUAUGUGUGUUGGAUGUGACAUUCCAGCAACACGUACAUUGUGUGGGUUUUUGGGUCAUUCUGCAACAUUAGGUUGCUCAAAAUGUUUCAAAAAAUUUCCAGGUGGUGUAGGCAAAAAAGACUAUUCAGGUUUUGAUGUUGAUAAUUGGCCAGCAAGAACAUUGAAUGAUUAUAAUUUAUCUAUGAAAGUUGUAAGAAAAGCCAAAACUCAAACAGAGAAAGAAAAACUUGAAGCUUCUCAUGGAGUUAAAUAUUCAGUAUUGAGUGAAAUUGAUUAUUUUGACCCAAUAAGAAUGUCCAUUGUUGAUCCAAUGCAUAAUUUAUUUCAAGGGACUGCUAAAAAGAUGAUGAAAUUAUGGCUUCAUUUAAAGGUUUUGCAUUUAGAUCAAUUAAGUUUAAUUCAGCAAAAAGUUGAUUCAGUUGAUACAGCAAGCAACAUAGGGACUAUUCCUAGAAAAAUUGCAUCCUCGUUUGGAGGAUUUACCGCUGAGCAAUGGAAAAAUUGGACAAUUUUUUUCUCAAUUUUUGCACUAGUAGAUAUUUUACCUAAAACAGAUUUGGAGGUAUGGCGAAAUUUUGUUUUAGCUUGCAGAACUCUAACCUCUAAAUUUAUUUCAAAUGUAGAAAUAGCUAGAUUUGAUAGAUAUGUUAUUGAGUUUUGUAAAGGUGUAGAAAGAGUUUAUGGUGUUUCAAGUAUAACACCAAAUAUGCAUAUGCAUUGUCAUUUAUCACAGUGUGUGCUUGAUUAUGGUCCCAUUUACUCAUUUUGGCUUUUUAGUUUUGAAAGAUAUAAUGGUCAUUUGGGAAGUAUGCCAAACAAUAGCAGAUCUAUAGAAAUGCAGCUUAUGAGAGGUUUUUUAAGAGAUUCUUUUGUACAUUCUUUGCAAUUCCCUGGUUUAUAUUUUGAUGAAUUUAAGAAACAUUUUCCAAAUGUGACAGAAUUAUGUUCUGACAGAAUUCGUUCUGAUUCAGAUAUUUUGAAAAUUUUGUAUAUGUCGAAAAGAAGUGCCCAUAUUGUUGGACAGGAUUGGCAAAUUUGUUCUGCUUUUUCAUGUCAGAAGACAUCAUGUCAUGUAAUGUGUUCAGCAGACUUUGAUAUGUUACAGAAAACAUACAGACAUAUUUAUCCAGAUCUUCAUGAACAUAUUGAAUGCAUUCCAAAGUCCUUCAGAAAAUGUUCCUUCAUAUCUCUUGGUGGAGAAGUUUAUGGUUCUGUUCAAUCUCGUCACAAGCGUUCCUCAUUUGUCAUGGCUUACUGGCAUUCCAACGAUGGAAAUAUCAUUGAAGAAGUUGGAACAGGAGACCUUCAUCCUGGAGUGAUUCAAUAUUUUCUUCAACACAACCUUAUCGUUGGAAAUUAAAGCCGUGUUCACUUAUUUGCAAAAGUGUUUUGGCUUGUGCCACUCCCGAAUGUGCAUAAAUAUCACUGUGGGAAGCCUGUUGAGUUGUGGAGACAGAAUGUUUAUGAAACUUUUGGGCCUUCUGCUUUCAUUCCAGUUCAGAGAAUCAGUUGUAAAUACAUAUGUGCUGAUGGUAUGCUUUUUAACAAGAAUGUAUCUUACAUCUGUCCUGUUAUUAAAGGGGUAAAUGUAUGAACAAAAUGCAAGGUUGAUGUAUUUUACUGUAUCGAUAGAUUGGGGUAUUUCAAAACAAUGUUUUAUGUGAUAUAUUGCGUAAGCAAAAUUGGAAUAUUUUUGUCUUUAGCCAGUUGGUAUGAGCCAUCUUGGAAGGAUGCACGUCCUGUGCCAGUUGGCAUCAGCCAUCUUGGAAGGAUGCACGUUCUUUGCCAGUUGGCAUCAGCCAUCUUGGAAGGAUGCACGUCCUGUGCCAGUUGGCAUCAGCCAUAUUGGAAGGAUGCACGUCCUGUGCCAGUUGGCAUCAGCCAUCUUGGAAGGAUGCACGUCCUGUGCCAGUUGGCAUCAGUCAUCUUGGAAGGAUGCACGUCCUGUGCCAGUUGGCAUCAGCCAUCUUGGAAGGAUGCAUGUUCUGUGCCAGUUGGCAUCAGCCAUCUUGGAAGGAUGCACGUCCUGUGCCAGUUGGCAUCAGCCAUCUUGGAACAGGAUAUGUGGCUAAUUUCAUGUAUUCAUGUAAUGUUUGUGAAAACCUUUAAUGUACUUUAAUACCUGUGUUUCCUAACAUUUGAAUUGUUGGACAUACAUGUACCAUGGCUAUUUCGGUGAUAUGAAGACGUAUAUAGAAAUGUUUUCCCAAAAUGUUGAAGGGGAGGUCAUAUUUUUGAUUAUUUAUGCUUAAAAGAUACGUAUGCAAUAAACGAAAAUAAAACCUGU